CUUAGUAAUCAUCAACAACAUCAUUCAUCGAUAUUUGUGUGUCUAGUUGUACCAAGGGUGUAAUAGACAUCGUUCUUUGACCUCAAGAGUGCCAUGUGCGGUUAAUCGCGGCUGAUAGAGACCUCGAGAUUUCUGGCCGAUAUCGCCACUCUGUUUACUGUGUGUAGGCCACUCAACAGGCACGCGACUGGACGCGUUGCAACGUUCAUAUAUCGUCGAAGUUGACAUAGAAAAGCCAUUGCAAGUUUGGAUAUAUUUGCCCGUUUGGAUCCGUUUAGAGAUAUCGGCAGCCUUGGAUGAGCCUCCCGAAAUUGGGCCCUCCCCUCCAAGCACCAAGAUGAUACAAACGACACUCGUCGAGACUAAUGCCCCAGAAACAUCAACCUCCUCAACCAACGAUGGAUAUACCUUCAAAUGGCCACUAACAUGCAAACGCCCGCGCAAGCUCGGCGAUUGGUUUAAUUACUCACAGUUCCGCUAUCCGAGCGGUAAAUCCCCCACAUUAUUCUACUGCACGAGCCUAAAACGCUCUGAAGAAGUCGCGCAGAUGUUCAUGAACGAGCCCAUCCUUGGCUUCGAUAUGGAAUGGCAAGGCGAUCCAAAACGCCGCCAUACGAUCAAAGACGAGAUCUCAGUGAUCCAGCUUGCGUGUGAGAGCAAAAUCGCUGUGUUUCACGUUGCAGCUCAUCAAGGGAGCACUGUAGCGGACAUCGUUGCGCCUACACUGAGGACUAUUUUGGAAAGUGCAAAGAUUGUGAAGGUUGGUGUGGCGGUGAUGAAUGCCGACUUCAGCCGUCUGAGGAAGUCUUUCGACUUAAAACCACGCGCAGGAUUUGAAUUGAGCCGGCUAUAUCGGCUUGUGAAGUUUGGCGGAAAGCAUCUUUGCACGACGGACGAGGAGAAGCGCAAGAAGGGGCUAAAGGAGCUAUCCACAAAGCUCGUGGCUUUUGACACACAGGUCCAAGAAAUCAUGGGGUUGAAGCUUUACAAGGGCAAUGUGAGGACGAGCCACUGGAACAAUCCGCGGCCGCUGAGCUUCGAGCAGCAGAAGUAUGCUGCAAACGAUGCAUAUGCCGGAUUCGUGUUAUAUCACUGCAUGGACGCGAAGAGGACGGAGAUGGACCCUGUGCCCGGGUUACCGCUUCUGUGCGAUGAUGCGGACGCUCUGGGUGGACUUUCUCGUAUUAAGGGCUUACGCCUGAUGCCGGGGAAGGCUGGGGGAACAGCUCUGUCUGCUGAGGAAUUUUGGCCGGCUCCUGAACCGCCGAAAGCCGAGAUAUACGGAGAGUCGUCCGUGGAACAACAUCAGGUGAUUAAUCUGACGGAAGACGGUUCUCAACCGCAGACGGGCGCCCCGAACACGCAGGAGAGAGCACGUCAGCCCAAGGAGAAAACAAGGGACGCUCGUCCGGACCUGACUCCGUUAGAGCGCCAGCUAUACGGCGAAUUAGCAAGCUGUCGGUUCAAGCAGCAGUCAGCGCACGGAUUUCACAAGGCAUUCAUGGUCGCACCGAAUACUGUUCUCCAGGAUCUUGCCUUUUUCCAGCCCACCAAAUUAGAACAUCUCAGUCAACUUAAGGGUAUCGGUCCGAAAAAGAUAGAACAAUUCGGAUCUCAGUGGAUUGAAAUCAUCAUCAAAUUUCGCUCUGCAAAGGGCAUCACAGCUGUGGCGGAAUUGCCUUACAAAAUACUACAUCGUAAAAUGAGCCCGAGCAAGACCGAGGUGCUUCCGAAUGCCUCCGCUCCUAAGUCAUCACCGCUCCCCUCUCUUGAUAGCAUACUCCAACAACGCUCGAGGGUCCGAGAGAGGAGUCCUCUUUCGGCGCUUGAUCGAUCGGAAAGCUCUUCACCCGCCUGCGACAAUCCGGUCCAGAUCAAGGCGCAACGCACCGCGGAAGCCCUAUCGACGGUGGAAGAUGUGGUCCGAAAUCUUGUGGACAAUCGUAGUGCUUCCUACAAUCCACCACAGCGUGUUCCGCAGCCUGCAAUUAGCCAGACUCCAGUAACAUCACAACCUCCCCAAUUACACACAGGGCUCUCCUUCGCACUCGAAGAGACGGCAAUCGAAGAUCUCGAAUCCUAUUCUGAGCUGUUCAGUGACACAAUUGACACACCCCAGGAGUCGCCAUCAAAUUCGGCCCUCGAACGGCGAACACGGAAGCGCCGCAAGACAGAAGUCGAACGGCUUGCAGAUUGAGAGUUAGACGCGUUUGUAACCACUGAUGUGAUCUAGUAGACGAUUAAGUCAUUCUUUUGACCAAGGUUGAUCGGUCUAAACGCCAUGAUUUUAAAGCUAGAGCUCUAUCGAAUUGGCACGGAAGGCUCCUGAUAUAAGAACGGAAGGCCAACAUAGGUGUUUGUGCGGUACGAUGUAAAUGAUGGUGUCGUCCUGUCGAUUAUGUAGCUCGAAUAUCCGAUACCCACAUAUGACAUGCUAAUACAGCUUUGAUGAUACUAUCUCCAGAUCGCCGCAUGAGGCUUGUGAUACUAAAAAGAUUGGUUCAUAAUCACAAGUCACCAGCGACAAUGCUCAUGUAAAUCCCCCAAAGGACACCGCAGAAGCUUAGGAAAACGAUACGUUUCUCGACCGGAAUCCAUGUGGUGCUGACAAAAUUGGCGAUCGGCCAUACUUUGUA